CACAAAGUGUGUCAGAGGACCGUCUGCGCUCCCACAGUGGAUGACUGCUCCCCAAUCUGGUGUCAGAUCCGAGAAAAUCCGCUCCGCGCGUCACAGAGUCGCAACAAGGUUUUCUGACUGUGGGAGAAGAAUGCCGGCGAUCACCAGUAAAAACUCCGAUUUGGAGUUUGACUCUUUGCAGCCGUGUUUCUACCCGGAUGAGGACGACUUCUACUUCUGUGGUCCUGACUCUGCGCCGCCGGGGGAGGACAUCUGGAAGAAAUUCGAGUUGUUGCCCACUCCGCCCCUCUCUCCGAGCCGAGCCGCGCUACCGGGGGAGCCGGCGGUCACCUCCCCGGAAGAGGACCCUCUAGGUUUUGGUUUAGGAGAUCCGCUGGACUGGGCUUCCGAGCUGCUGCUUCUGCCCGAGGACGAUAUCUGGGGGGCGUCCAACGACACGGACCUGUUUGGUUCCGCUUUGGAUACUAACCCGGACAGCAUCAUCAUCCAGGACUGUAUGUGGAGCGGCUUUUCCGCGAGAGAAAAGCUGGAGCGGGUGGUCACGGAGAAACUGGGAAAGGCCAUUUCCACCAGGAGUGCGUGCGUCAAGGCGCAGGAGACGACGAGCCGCAGCUCAGUGUCGGAGUGCGUGGACCCCGCCGUGGUGUUCCCCUUCCCGGUCAACAAAAGGAGCAGCAGCAGGGACGCUCCGGGGACGGUUAAGAUCUCCACGGCGAAUGAAAGCGCUCCCAGCGACUCUGAAGAAGAGGAUGAAGAGGACGAGGAUGAGGAGGAUGAAGAGGAGGAGGAGGAUGAGGAGGAGGAGGAAGAAGACGAAGAGGAGAUUGAUGUGGUUACUGUAGAAAAGAGGCGCUGCACAAUCAACAAGGGGUCAUCUGUGGCGACGGGCGCCAUCUCCGUGCAUCCGAAAACCCAAGAGCCAAAGGGCGCCGUCUCAGGGUCGGGCGUCGUGAGCCGGUUCAUCAGCCGAGCUCCUCAGGAGCUGAUCCUGAAGAGGAGCUCAGUCCACCAGCAGCAACACAACUAUGCAGCCCCCUCCCCGUACGCGUCGGACGACGACCUCGCGCCGCCUCCAAAGAAGCAAAAGACAGCCGAUGCCCAGAGGGCGCCAACCAGGACCAUCUCGCCGACCUCCUCCCUGUCAUCUGCCACAUCCUGCGGCUUCGUCAGCAUCAGCGUGUCGGGGGUGCGUGCGAAGCGCAGCUCCGGCGGAGACAGCAGCCCACGCGGAAGCUCAGACUCGGAGGACAGCGAGCGGCGGCGAAAUCACAACAUCCUGGAGCGCCAGCGCCGCAACGACCUGCGCUCCAGCUUCCUGACGCUGCGCGACCACGUGCCUGAGUUGGCUCACAACGAAAAGGCGGCCAAGGUGCUGAUCCUGAAGAAGGCCACGGAGUACGUGAGCUCGCUAGAAAUGGAGGAGUUGAGGCUGCAGCAGGAGAAGGACAGGCAGCAGGCGCGCCGCCACCAGCUGAUGCGCAGGCUGGAGCAGGCCAGGACUCGCUAACCAUACAACACGUACACUCACAACAAACCCUGGAUGACCUCCCCCCCCACCCCACCCCAACUGUCCCCCCUCAUUUGAACCCAUAGACACAUCAGCCUACACGCUUAAGCACGGACAUGUAGGCCUGAUUACCCGUAGUACACCUGCACGCACAACAUCUCGGAGGAUGCCGAUGCUCAAAAAAAAAAAAAGUGGAAGAGGAGGAGGAUGACGUCGGCGCAGGCGGGGGAGAAG